AUGAAAAACGAUUCGGCUAAAGCGAAGUUGGUGCCGGAUUUCCGGGACCCUCCACGUUCAAGUCUUUUCCGACAAUUGGGCGGAAAUCUAUUAGUACCAAUAGGUAUCGUGAUGACUGUGGGCUGUUUCGCCGUCGGACUUACCUCUAUGGUGACCAGCCGACCUAUGCUUGGGCAAAAGAUGAUGUAUGCCCGCGUCGCCUUCCAGGGGAUGACGGUAGCAGCAAUGUUUUACGAUCUACAGUUUCUCCCUUCACCCUCCCACUAA